GUCGCGCCUUCGCAAGCCGCGCGCAUCUCCGAGACCCCGGCGGGCGCUAGGACCGCGCAGCUGCCUCCACCGACUGCAGCCCGCGCUGUGUAUAAAUGCAGGGCAGGCGGGCAUGGGUCUGUUUGCAGUUUGCAUGAGGAUAAACCAGCCUGGGAGGGAGCCCAAAGUGGGGGGGCCCGGAGGAGCCUUCCUCGGCCAGCGCCGCGCUGCGUAACGGGCGCCGCGGACUCCCGGGCGCGCCCAGCCUCUCCAAAUCCCUCGCAGCCUCCCCGGACCCGGGAGCGGAGUUAAAGACCCAAGACGUCGAGGAGGAGGAGGAGGAGGAGGAGGUCCUGGUUUCUUUGCUGCAAGAAGGAAGAGAAAGGAGAGGCACGUGGUCGAUGUGCGGAGAAGGGAGAAGAGGCGCAGGAUCAUCCUUGCCGGGCGACAGCAGCUUGCAAGAGGGGAGCGCCCCCCCCCCAAACCCCUUGCAACUGACCAGAGCCCCGGUCAGCUGCAGCCCUUCGGUGCGCGGAGGAAAGAGGCGGAAGGGAACAAGAUUGCCAGCCGCGGCCAGGUUUAUGGCAGCUGCGCCUUGCAGGAAAAGGGAAGGAGGUUUAAUUGCGAUUUAAAAGGAGAGGAAGAAAGAAGAAAUGGACUAAAUCUCUGGCACCUGGAGAGAGAGAGUGUGUGUGUUGGUGAUACCUGAGUCUGAGAGGUAGAAGGGAAACUCUUCCUUGCCAACCUGAUGGGCGGAUGGGUCCUUGAAGCAAUUCGCUGAGGCUCUUUCCAAUUUGCAAGGAAUGACCGCCGCUCCUGGGCUGUGAGCCGCCUCUUCUCUCUCAACCUCUUCAGAAGGACCUUUUGCUCUUCCCGUAGCGCGACACCCCUGAAAGGUGGUCUCUCUUGUUGGCUACACGGGCAUGUAGCUGGGGCCCCCCUCCUCAUUCAUUCCUGAAUCAGCGAGCCACUCUUUGUUUGGUGCCCCAUUUGUGCCCUGGGGUCCUCUGGAAGUGGAUGUGGCUUGCCUCGUCCAGGGCACCAAAACUCUGGUCUCCUUCUCUCUGUGUUUUGUUCAUUCCCCCGGAGAAGGACCUCCUGAGCCUUGGGCAUGAGCUGGGCAGAGGGCUUCUAGAGUCCCUGUGGCCAUGGACCCCUCCGCGACGGACGCCGCCGAAGCCGCCUUCUCGGACGUCCACCUUUGCGGCUACCUGCGCAAGCAGAAGUCCCACCGGCGGCGCUUCUUCGUCCUGCGCCGCGGCAGCGAGCGAGGCCCCCCUCGGCUGGAGUACUAUGAGAACGAAAAGAAGUUCCGGGCGGGGGGCCUGUGCUCGCGCCCCAAGAGGACUUACCUGCUGGCCAGCGCCCUCAACGUCAACAAGCGGGCGGACGCCCGGCACAGGCACCUCAUUGUGCUCUACGGGCGCGACGGCACCUUCGGGGUGGCAGCCGAGGACGCCGAGCAGCAGCAGGCGUGGUACUCGGCACUGGUGGAGCUGCACAGCAAGGGAAAUGCGCCCCUCGGCCACGAUUCUGCCUCCUCCUCCUCCCCCCACCCGCCCUUCAAGGAGGUCUGGCAGGUCAGCCUGCGCCCCCGGGGGCUGGGCCACACGCGCAACUUGGCCGGCGUCUACCUCCUCUGCCUGACGGAGAAGACCAUCGACUUUGUCCGGCUGAACUCGGACGUGGCCGCCGUGGUCCUGCAGCUGCUCAGCGUCCGCCGCUGCGGCCACUCGGAGAACUACUUUUUCAUGGAAGUCGGGCGCUCUGCCGCCACGGGGCCCGGCGAGUUGUGGAUGCAGGUGGAGGACCUGGUGGUGGCGCAGAACAUGCACGAGACCAUCCUGGAGGCCAUGAAGGCGCUGAGCGACGACUUCCGGGUCCGUGCAAAGAGCCAGCCGCUGGCCUCCACGCCCAUCUCGGUGCCGCCCCGGCGGCAGCACCCGGGGAACCCUCCGGCCAGCCAGGGCACCUUCCUCUGGCGGCCGCGGCCGGAGAGCACCCCUUGCCUUCCCCGUGCGCCUGGGGUGCAGAAGGCGUCUGGGCCGCGGAAGCCGAGCUCCCUGAGCGACUACAGCGCCCUCUCGUCGGACGAAGGCGGCUCCAGCCCAGGCGAGUGCCGCCCUGUCAGGACCCCCGACCCCCUGGCCUACCUGCUGGCGGGAGGUGAGCUAGACUACGUCACCAUGAGCAAGAGGACAUCCCCGGACAGUGCCUCGCUGGCACGGUGGGCGUCUGCGGCCGAGGCCAACAAGCGGGCCUCUCUUCCCCCGGUGGCGCUGGAGAAGGAGGUCCCCGGCCUGCCGCGGAGGAAGCCGCCUGCCGUCUCUGCCAGCUACCCGGAAGGCCUCAACCUCCGCGUGUCCGAUCCUGGCUACAUGGCCAUGCUGCCUGGCGUGCCCACGGAGGACCGCGGCUAUGUGCCCAUGGCACCUGGCAGCGCCUCCCCGUCUCGGGAGCGUGGAGGCUACAUGCUGAUGUCGCCCAGCGGAAGCAGCUCCCCGGACGGGGCAGCGGCCCGGUGGGCCAAAUCCCCCGCCGGCGGAGACUACAUGGAUAUGUCUCCCGCCAGCCACUCUGCCUCUAGCACCCCGCCAGAGCGCAGCCCCCUGCCCGGAGGCGCCCCUUUCUUCUCCCUGCCCCGCUCCUUCAAGCACGUCCCGGAGGCCGCGCUGCGCCCUUUCGACCCCCGGCACCGCUCCGGGUCCUCCUCCACCAGCUCCGACAGCCUGGAGGAGGCGGGCAGACCCCGGCGGACCCUCUUUGCCUGCCGGGAAGCAGCCCCGCCGUCCCGCAGCCCCGGCGAGUACGUCAGCAUCGAGUUCGGGUUGUGGGCGGCUGCAGACUACAUCAACAUGGAGGCCGGGGCGCCGCCGGAGGGACUCGCCCCCCCGGGGGCAGCGGCCGAGAACUACGCCGAGAUGGCGCCCGGGGCCCGGCUGGUACGUGCCCGCACGCAGGGGAGGAGGCGGCACUGCUCAGAGACGUUCCCCGAGGCGGAGAGGAAUGGGGCGGGGGCCCCGCCCGGAGAGGCGCCGGUCGAGCCGGGCCUGAACUACAUCGACUUGGACCUAGCGAAUGAGUCGGCGCCUGCCCUGCGGCUGCCGGCGGUGCCCGCCCCGGUUGGGGUGAUUCACAGCUACGCCAGCAUCGACUUCCUCCGCUCUGGGGAGCUUCGGGGGCAGAAGGCGAGCUCAGAGGGGGCAGAUUCCUGAUCCUGCCAGCAAGGAAGAUGACACAAACCGGCCUCCCUUGUCGCCAACAUCAUUUUUCGUGUUGUUGUUGUUUUGCACUAUAGCAAUAUCUGCUUCUUUAUUUUUUCCACCCCUCUGCCGCAGUUCUUUGGACGUAAAGUGCCUUUUUUUGGAGGGGGGAGGGUGUUUCUCUCCCCCCCCUUCCUUCCCCAUGGGAGAACUCUGGAAUUGUGCCCUAACCUGCUCGCCACCAAAGACGUGUUAUGUGUUUGUUGGUUCGUGUGGGGUGUGUCUCUGUGUGUGGGUCUUUGGCCAGCUCUGUAAGUCUGGGAAACUCUCUCUGAAUUGCCCAUUUCGAUUCUGCAAGGUGGAGCUUCCCAGCCUCGCACCCUCCUGGGAGUUGUAGCGCAAAGCCACAGGAGGGUGCCAGGUUGGCGAUGGGAAGAAUGUGCACCCCAGAACUUAUUUGCUUAACUUUGGAAAUACACGCAGAGGCGGCGUCCCCGUCUCCCCCCCCCCUUGCAAAAAGAAAUGCUAAAGGGUUUUGCUUUUUUGCUUCAGAGGGCGCCGCCUUGAACCCGUGUCUCAUCUCCGUGUUGUUUGUGGCCAAACGCCCCCCCCCCCCCGGACUCAAGUGCCUGCACCCUUCUGUGAAAGCCCCCCCCCCCCGAGAGCUCCUCCCAUGCCCCCAGAUCGCUGCAGCAGUUUGCAGAGAGAGGGAGAGAGCCCUCGGUGGCCGCUCUGGGAGAAGAGGGAAUAUUUUGGGGUUCCCCGAAACUCCCCUGGGCCCGACUCGUAACGCCUCGCACUUCUUUGCUGUUGGGAACUGACGGCAUUAUUUGCUUCUCUCUUAUUUGGAAAUAAAAGAGAUUUUCAGAACUGGAAAACAGAGGUGUGGCGUGAAGUUUUGAGGAGGCAAUGGGGGUGUCCUCCUGGAGGCUGGGAGCCCCUCUUGGAGCCAGGGUGGAUUGGAGCGGGGCCACAGGAGGGCGGCCGUCCCCCGUCCACCCCCCCCAGUGCAUGCUUUUGUUGAGAUUCCUGCACUGCAGCAGGUUGGACUAGAUGACCUUUGGGAGUCCCGUCCAACUCUACAAUCCUAGGAUCUCAAGGUUUUUAAACAGAGGUUAGAUGGAUUGAGGAUUCCAAAGGGAGGCAGGUGGGGCUGUAUUUCUCUUUUCACGACCUCCCAACGGAAGUAGGGCGGGGGGCCCUGGGCCUGAGGCUCCCCAAACCCUGCCCCAAGCAGUUUUAAGGGUGGGGAGAUGCCUGGCUUCCCAGUAGGACAUGUGAAAAGGAUCUAGGGGUCCUGGUGAACCACAAGCGCAACAUGAGCCAGCAGCGUGAUGCAGCGGCAAAUAAGGCGAAUGCUAUUCUAGGCUAGUGUCCGGAUCAAGGGAAGGAAUAACCCCACUCUAUUCUGCCUUGGUCAAACCAUGCCUGGAGUCCAAUUCUGGGCACCCCAGUUUAAGAAGGAUGUUGACAAGCUGGAAGGUGUGCCGAGGAGGGAGAUAAAAAUCACCAUGGGGCUGGAAAGCAAGCCUGAUGAGGAGUGGUUGAAGGAACUGGGUAUGUUUAGCCUGGGAAAGAGGAGACAGAGGAGAGAUGAGAGCCAUCCUCAAAUAUCUCAAGGGAAGAGGGAGCAAACUUGUUUUCUCUUGCUCUGGAAGGGAGGACUUGAACCCAUGGCGUCAAGUUACAAGAAAGGAGAUUCCCACGGCAAGAGCUGUUCCCCAGAGGUUCCUGGGGGCAGUCCUGGUAUGGGGUGGCGGCUCCUCUCUUGCAGGAAGUGAGGGUCCCAAUUUGAAUCCUCCUGGAGGGGGGCAUCCCACCUUCUCCAGUCCUGCUCUACUUUUUCGGGGGUCCUCCAAGCUCCAGAGAGCUCAGCUCAAAAUACACAAUUUUUUCCUUUUUAAUUUUACUUUUACCCCAACCCUAAAACACUCGAGGAAGAAUCCUGGCACACCUUGGAUGUACGCAGGGCUCUCCGUUUGCAGACAACAGCAUUCAGGGAACCAGAAGCCCUGUUAUUUUAGAUCUCGGGUCAGCAAGCUUUUUCAGCAAGGGGCCGGUCCACUGUCCCUCAGACCUUGGGGGUUGGACUAUUUUGGGGGGGAAAUAACGAAUUCCUAUGUCCCACAGAUAACCCAGAGAUGCAUUUUAAAUAAAAGCACACAUUCUACUCAUGUAAAAAUACGUAAAAAUCCACGGGCCGGAUUGAGAAGGCGAUUGGGCCGGAUCCGGCCCCCGGGCCUUAGGUUGCUUACCCCAUGCUCUAGAAUGAUCCUUAGCCCAAGGCAACCAGGGGGGCUGCUUUUUCUCCUUCAUCUGUUCUCAUGUUGGUCACGAUCCUGGGCACGAAGGGACAGAAGCUCUAAGUAGAGGAGGGAGAAAGGUUUUUUUUCUGCUGCUCCAGAGAAGCGGACACGGAGCAAUGGAUUCAAACUACAAGAAAAAAGAUUCCACCUAAACAUUAGGAAGAACUUCCUGACAGUCAGAGCUGUUCGGCAGUGGAAUUUGCUACCAAGGAGUGUGGUGGAGUCUCUUUCUUUGGAGGUCUUUAAGCGGAGGCUUGACAGCCAUAUGUCAAGAAUGCUUUGAUGGUGUUUCCUGCUUGGCAGGGGGUUGGACUGGAUGGCCCUUGUGGUCUCUUCCAACUCUAUGAUUUUACAAGGCAAGCGAGGGAAUCCACAACGCAGAGGGUGGAAUGGCACCUCCCCCAGGAGGAUUCAAAUUGGGAACCUAACUAUCUGUGAGAGAGAAGGAUCCAGCCCGUACCGGGAUUGCCCUCCAGGAACCCUCGGGAGUAGAAAUUCACAGUAAGAAUUUAUGUUUUUCUACUCCCUCUGGAGGUUGUGGCAUCUCCUUCCUUGGAGGUUUUUUAAGCAGGUGUUAAAUGACCAUCAGUCAGGGGUGCUUUAGCUGAGAUUCCUGCAUUGCAGGGGGUUGGGCUGGAUGAUCCCUGGGGGUCCCUUCCAACAUUAAAAUGCAGUGAUUCAAUGGUUACUUUGCCAAGAGGAUUUGAUUUGCCUAGUCUGGGGCUUUGGAGAUUGAAGCAUUGUGUUCGGGUCCUGUCUUGUUGGGGGUACAGUUCCUUGCGGUGAAAACCCCUAGGAAGUACCUUAGCUGCUGGGUGGACCUUAAAAAAGUGCCGCACAAUUUAAGGCAGCUCCUUAUGAAAAGGUGAUAUUAUUGAAUUGCGAUAUAUAUACACAUAUUUAUUUACCAUACACACACUUUCCAAAAAGGCAGAAGUGCUGUAUAUUUUUGGCUUGAAAAGCGCCGUAGAUGUGAUGCAAAGUGAAAAACUGGUUUUGUAGAAGAGGAAGGCAGGAUUCAGUCACUACAUUGCUAAGAUAACUUUCUCCUCUCCCCCCUCCAUUGAACUGUGGAGUUGGAAAGGGCUCCCCAGCGGCCAUCUAGCCCAACCCCAUGCUGUGAUGCAGGAAUCGCAGCCGAAGGAUCAAACUUGAGGAGAGCCGGCCGCCUUCUACCGCUUCUGAACGCCCCUCACCCUCAUGAAAUCCAUCCUGACGUUUAGUCUUAAUCUUCCUUAUUGCCGUUCAAGUUGGUGGGCGUAAGGAUUCGAACCCAGCUCUAGCCACGUCCUGUUUUAAGAAGCCGGGUGGAAAACGUCAGCCCCUCGUAUCUCAUUUAUCCGUGCAAAAUGUGUGUGUGUGUGUGUGGAUUUCUGGGAUGUGGAAGGGAAAGGAGCAGCUGGAGGCGGCUGGAUCCGGGUGCUGACGGAAGGCAGCAGCUGGGUGGGUUACCUGAUCCCCCAGGAAGGGGGGAAGCCAGAGAUCUGGGAAAUGGGAGAUGAGGGGAGGAGAAGGGAGCCGGGUCCAGGGAUCUGUGGAAACGGCCCCCUCCAGCUGCCAUCACGCAGGGGGCAGGAAAUAGGGUUAAGGUCCCAGAAGAAGCGUGCAGACUUUCAAGUCACACAGGAGUCUUCUCCAAGCGCGGCCUUCUGCCUUAUCCACCACAGGCUAUUUAUUUGCUUCCUAAUUUUUUACACUCACUUGAUUGUAGGGG